AUGUCCGACGAGUAUUGGGAUAAAGAUGGCGGAUAUACCAAAGCCGCCGGAGAUACCAAUGCAUACGUUACGGGUAGAAUAGGUCAUCAUAAUGUGGUUAUGGCAUUUGUGCCUGGCAUGGGCAAAGGAGCCGCUGCUGGUGUAGCAGGUGACCUACGAUCAAGUUAUCCACAAGUGAAGCUCGCCUUGGUGGUAGGAGGCGUACAAGUUCCCAGCCCAUCAUGGACUAAUGAGGUGAGAAUUGAAGGCGAAGUCGAGGCUUCGGUUGUGUCUGGGACCCUAGCAAACACCGGUGGUAUAAACAUAGGCAAAAAGAAGAAGGAAAACAAAAAGGACUCAAGCAAUGAGUCAGUAUCUGCACCAAACCAGGAUGGAUUAUUAUAA